AAAAUAAAACGCAGCGAAAACCAACACCAUCAUCGUGUUCUCUUUCUCUUUCUCUCUCGUUUUCGCUGUUGCCGAGAGAGAUCGAGAUCGAGAACGAGAUCGGGAUCGUAUUCGAGGAAUGGGGUUUCAAGGUGAUCGAGAGGAGGAUGAGGAGGGAGUCAUGGCCGCCGACUUCUUCUGGUCAUACACCGAUGAGCCGCAUGCUUCGCGGAGGCGCCAGAUCCUCUCGCAGUACCCGCAGAUCCGCAAGCUUUUUGGCCCUGAUCCCUUUGCUUUCCUCAAGGUUAGCUUAGCUGUCCUGCUUCAACUAUGGACCGCAACCUACGUGUGCAACGCAAGCUGGCUGAAGAUACUAGCAGUCUCAUACUUCUUCGGAUCGUUCCUCAAUCACAACCUCUUCCUCGCCAUCCACGAGCUCAGCCACAACCUGGCAUUCUCCACCCCUACCUACAACCGUUGGCUGGGCAUCUUCGCCAACCUCCCCAUCGGCGUUCCCAUGUCCGUCACCUUCCAAAAGUACCACCUAGAGCAUCACCGAUUCCAAGGUGUCGACGGCAUUGACAUGGACAUCCCAACUCUGGCUGAAGCCCACACCGUCACCAACGCCAUAACAAAAUCCAUAUGGGUCAUCUUGCAGCUCUUCUUCUACGCUCUCCGCCCGAUCUUUAUCAAACCAAAGCCCCCGGGCAUGUGGGAAUUCACCAACCUUAUAAUCCAACUCUCCCUCAACACCUACAUGGUUUAUUUCUACGGAUGGAAAUCUCUCGGUUAUCUAAUUCUUUCGACAUUUGUGGGAGGUGGAAUGCACCCGAUGGCCGGCCAUUUCAUAUCAGAGCACUAUAUUUUCAAUGCAGGGCAAGAGACAUACUCAUACUAUGGACCCUUAAAUUUAAUGACAUGGAAUGUAGGUUACCAUAAUGAGCACCAUGACUUUCCAAGGAUUCCAGGGUGCAGGCUUUAUAAGGUGAGGGAAAUAGCAUCAGAAUACUAUGAAAGCAUGAAGUCAUAUAGGUCAUGGAGUCAGGUGAUUUAUAUGUAUAUCAUGGACAGGACUGUAGGACCUUUUAGCAGGAUGAAGAGGAAGUUGUCCUCCAAGAAGGAUCACUAGGGUUUGGUUUCUCAAGGAGUCUAGUUUUUGUACCUUAUUUUAUUUAUUUAUUAAGCUGUUUAUUUUUAUUUUUAUUUUUUCUAAGUGAAUUGGGAUCAAUGGGAUUUGAAUGUAA